AUGGGCUCCAGGCCGCAUGUUGUUGACAAACGGGCUUGGAUUAGCAUUUUUGGUCUCAAAAUUGUUGGAGAUGAGUUCUGUAUGGAAGACGGUGACGUACCGGGAAACUAUGAUCAUGUGGCCUACAUGAAAUCCAUUCUCAAAGACCCUUCUGUCUUUAUCAAACCGAAUGAAACAAUCACAGCUGGUAAUGAAGAUGAAGGCAAUGAUCAAGACAUAGCAAAUGAUGAUGAUCACCCUAUGGAAGAUGUUCCACAUGAUGCGGAUGCAAAUUGGAUGAAGAAAUUUUUUCCGGUACUCUCUAGAGACAAAGCUACUUCUUCGACUAAUGUAGAAGCAUCGGAAAGUAUCAAAGUUGUUGAUUAUGAAUUGUUGGAAACAGAUCCGGGAAUUAGGCCUCCAAUUUCAAGCUAUCAUCCCGACAUCCAAAAUGAGGUAAGGAAAGCUUAUUUAAAAAUAGGUCGUCAUCAACCUCCUCACAAUUUCGUUUACCCUUGGUCUAUUCAAGGUAAACAAAAGCGUCGAUUUUGCAAAAAUCGGUUUGAUUUGUAUGAUUGGAUUGAUUAUAGUGAAUCUAAGGACCUAGUGUUUUGUUUGCCAUGUUUUUUGUUUAAAAAUGUUUCUAAGUAUGGGGGGGAUCACUUUGUGGGAGACGGUUUUGGUGAUUGGAAGAAUGCUCAAAGGUUGGCUAAUCAUGCUACUUCUUCCAAUAGUCAUGUUGAUUGUGUGCAUAUGGGUUAUGCUCUCAUGAGUCCAAACCAAAGUAUUAAGGCCUCGUUUGUUAAUCAAACUAAUCAAAUGAAUGCCGAAUAUCGUGUUCAUGUAAACACAUCCUUUGUAGCUACUAAGUUUCUUUUGAGGUGUGGCAUGCCAUUUAGAGGGAGUGAUGAGUCUCUUAACUCUUUAUUUAAGGGGCCAUUUCUUGAGUUGGUGGAUACUUUAAAGGAAAUCAACCCGGAGAUAGCUAGUGUAAUUAAUUGUGCUCCGGGAAAUAACCUUAUGACUUCCCCUAAGAUUCAAAAGGAUCUUGCCGCUGCUUGUGCAUGUGAAAUAACUCAACAAAUUAUAUGUGAUAUUGCGGAUGAUGUGUUUUGUGUUUUGAUUGAUGAAUCUGGUGAUGUUGCUGGUAAAGAACAAAUGGCUGUUGUUAUUCGCUAUGUUAAUAAUGAAGGUUUGGUAAAAGAAAGGUUUCUUGGCAUUGUAAGUGUUAAAGAAACAAGUGCUAAGUCACUUAAGGAGGCACUUGAGAAGUUGUUGUCUAUUAAUGGCUUGAGUAUAUCUAGCAUUAGGGGGCAAGGGUAUGACGGAGCUAGCAAUAUGAGAGGUAAGUUUGGUGGUUUGAGAACUUUAAUCCAAAAUGAGAAUCCAUCUGCUUAUUAUGUGCAUUGUUUCGCCCAUCAACUUCAAUUGGCACUUGUUGCAUGUGCUAAGACUCACAAAGAUGUUAGUGGGUUUUUCGGUAAGGUCAAUAUGCUUGUUAAUUUCAUUCGAUCUUCUAAUAAGAGACAAGAAUUACUUCGGGACAAACAAGUAGCUCAGUUUGCUACAUUGAUUGAAGAGGGCCAAAUAGAAACUGGUAGUGGGUUAAACCAAGAAUCAUCUAUUGCUAGAGCGGGUGACACUCGUUGGGGUUCCCACUUUAGGACUCUCACUUUAGAAACUGGUAGUGGGUUAAACCAAGAAUCAUCUAUGCUUUUGUUAGAUGUGCUUCAAUCAUUUGAUUUUAUCUUCAUGUUAUAUAUGAUGGUUGAGAUUUUAGGAUUUACAAAUGAUUUGAGUGUAGCGUUACAAAAGCGUGAUCAAGAUCUUUUGAAUGCUUUGUCACUUGUCAAUGCUACCAAACAAGAAUUACAAGAAAUGAGGAAUGAUGGAUGGGAAGAGCUUAUAUCUAAGGUUAUGGAAAUUUGCAAUAAGCUUGACAUUGAUGUGCCUGACAUGGAUGCAUCAUAUGUGCAAGGGAAGAAACCUAGGCGACAUGCUACAACUUCUAGUGUUUCUAAUUUGCAUCAUUAUAAGAAUGAUUGUUUGUUUAAUGUUUUAGAUUUGCAGUUGCACGAGCUCAAUGCUAGGUUUGAUGAAGAGAAUACUGAACUUUUAGAAUGUGUUUCAUGUUUGAGUCCUUCAUCGUCAUUUGCAGCUUUUGAUGUGAAAAAGUUAUUAAGGAUGGUUGAACUUUAUCCAAAUGAUUUUGUGGAUGUGCCGGAAGUGGUGAUGCGACAUCAACUUCAAAGUUAUGUUAGAAAUGUUCGAUGUGAUCCAAAAUUUGCAAAUUUAAAAGGACUUUCAGAUCUUUGUGCAAAAUUUGUGGAAACAAAUAAGUGCAACACAUUUGAUAUGGUUUAUAAGCUUCUGAAAUUGGCUUUGGUCUUGCCGGUAGCAACUGCAAGUGUGGAACGUGUUUUUUCAGCUAUGAAGUUUGUGAAGAGUCAAUUAUGUAACAAAAUGAGUGAUCAGUGGUUAAAUGAUCGUCUUGUAACUUUUAUAGAAAAAGAUGUUCUUGGAACAAUUAACAAUGAUGUUAUUUUAGCUCAUUUUCAAGAAAUGAAUGAUAGACGAUUUUCAUUGUAA